GCGAAACUGUUAAGAUUCUUUAUGAUCUAGACAAAGGUUUAGUGGCUAUGAGAAGAGGUCUUAAGAUGCUUCGAGAAGCCAAAAGAUAUCUAAAAUCAGUCCAUGUUCUAACUGUCCUGCAGACACAGUCCCAGACAUGGACUUUCAAACAUCCUGUGUCUGCCAAAAAUCACUGGGAUAACGUUCAUGUUCAACAUUGGACAAGAGAUUUUACUAAUAUUAAUGUUACCUGGAGUUCUCUUGACAGUGUAAUUUAUAUCAGUACUGUAGAAGCUGGUAUCACCUUUGAAAUUCCUAAUCAUUUUGAUGCUAUUAUAGGAAUUAGUAAUAUUAAAACAGGAGUACAUAUCGAAGCUUUUACACAGAUGCUUUAUCAAAUUCAGAAUUGUCUACAACACAUAAUUUCUUUAUAUAAUAGACUUUCUGUUUUAAGGUCUAUUGAUUUACCAAUAGCAGUAAAAGGAUAUCGGGAAUGGGAUAAAAUUGCUGAUUGUUAUGCUCUUGAUGCAUCUUCAGCAGUUGAAACCUAUAUUGAGGCUGAAUAUUAA